AUGGUUGGAAGACAGACAAUCCGAAUGGAUGGCAAUGGUUCUGUGACAGUUAUGGAUGACAGUCCCGCAUCCAGCCCCAACUCAAGCCCCAGUCCUGACAGGCUUUCAGCGGACAGCCGGCGCGCAGAGGGCCUGUCUCGCUCAAGGGUGGUCCCGUCCGGUGGCCUUAGUGGCAGAGGGCGACCAGCAGCAGCCAACGCGGCGCGCGAGAGAAGUCGCGUGCAGACCCUCAGACACGCGUUCCUCGAGCUACAGAGAACGUUACCGUCUGUGCCACCGGAUACCAAACUAUCCAAACUAGACGUUUUGAUACUGGCAACCACAUAUAUAGCGCAUUUAACGAGAACCUUGCAAGAAGAGGAGAUGGAAGAGGGGGAUAACACAAAACACACUGAAGCUUUAAACUCACUCAAAGGAGAUGGUUACUUACAUCCUGUGAAAAAGUGGCCAAUGCGUUCAAGGUUAUAUAUCGGUGCCACUAGCCAGUUCCUGGGAAACUCAAAUGAAAAUCAAGCGGCAUCUUCGUCGUCAUCUCAAACAUAG